CUCUUUGGAAUUUCAGGAAGAUGUUUGUUGGCGGCCUCAGUUGGGAUACAAGCAAAAAAGACUUGAAAGAUUACUUCACCAAAUUUGGUGAGGUAACCGACUGUACGAUAAAGAUGGACCCUAACACAGGAAGAUCCAGAGGCUUUGGAUUUAUUCUCUUCAAAGAGCCUGGGAGUGUUGAAAAGGUUCUGGAACAGAAAGAACACAGGCUAGAUGGACGACUAAUUGACCCCAAGAAGGCCAUGGCAAUGAAAAAGGAUCCAGUGAAGAAAAUAUUUGUUGGUGGACUAAAUCCAGAAGCCACAGAAGAGAAAAUCAGGGAAUACUUCGGAGAGUUUGGAGAGAUUGAAGCAAUUGAACUUCCAAUGGAUCCAAAGACCAACAAAAGGAGGGGGUUUGUGUUCAUCACCUUCAAGGAAGAGGAUCCAGUGAAGAAGGUUCUGGAGAAGAAAUUCCAUAACGUCAGCGGAAGCAAGUGCGAGAUUAAGGUAGCACAGCCAAAAGAAGUAUACCAGCAGCAACAGUUCAGUAGUGGUGGAGGAAGAGGUAGCUAUGGAGGAAGAGGCAGAGGUGGAAGAGGCGGCGCUCAAAGUCAAAAUUGGAAUCAAGGUUAUGGCAAUUACUGGAACCAGGGUUAUGGGAAUCAAGGAUACGGCUAUCAGCAAGGUUAUGGUGGCUAUGGAGGCUAUGAUUAUUCAGGAUAUGGGUAUUAUGGAUAUGGACCAGGCUAUGAUUACAGUCAAGGCAGUGCAAAUUAUGGGAAGACACCAAGACGUGGUGGUCAUCAGAAUAACUACAAGCCAUAUUGAUCAAACUUAUUCAGGUUAAACUGAAACUGAUUUUGAGGGUCUGCUUAAAGCUGCAGCUCUGCAUCUAGGGACUGCCUCUUGGAGUUAACUAUGGACUCUGCAUUACUCCAGUUGUACAGAAUGAGAUGCAUCUUAGGGAACCAGUGUCACUUUCCACCUUUUUAUUUUGUAUUGUUUUUGUGUCAUACAUUUCCUGUAACGGAAGUGUUAAUUUUACUGUACUUUUUGGUACCUUUUUGGAAUCUAAUGUAUUGUAAGGUAUUUUACAUGUGUUCUGAUUCACCAUGACAUGGAUAUUGAAGCUAUCCUAGCUUUUGAAAUAAAAAAGGCGUAAUCUAGUGUCUUGUGCCAUUCUUCAGCUUAUGUAUUAGUAAAACGCCAGUAUACUGUUCCCAGAACUUAGUUCAUGGCAGUACCUUGAUAGAUGAAGAGUUGUGCUUAAAUGUUUUUGAUCUUAAACCUAGAAGGCUGUAUUGGUAGUUGUGCUCACUUGCAGUUCAGCGGCAGCUGAGAACUGCAGUCGCUUCUGCCUGGAGGUUAUGAAGGAGAACUCGGGCAGAAAGCCCCGGCCGGUGUGGAGGCUGUGCUGGUGGCUCGUGUUGUAGACAAGCACAGAGGCUCAGCAUAAUAAUGAUGUUGGUGUCUGCAUUUUAGGGCUCUGCUAGGAGAGGCCAGAGGCAGAGGUUUCAGGUAGGGCUUGGGAGUCUAGACAGCAUGGCAGGAGGAAGCCAAGAGAAGCUGGCUGCACUGCCUGCAUGUUUCACUGUUUUUGAAUCUGAGACUUUUCUAAGAGUUCUUGGAAGACAGGUUAGACAGACAUUAAAUUACUAACACAAAGUCUGAAUUCUUGCAGCCUUUUUGUGUAUUAAAAGAAAAAGGCUAAAGAAAUUCCACUAAUGUUGUGGGAGAAAAAACAAAAAAGCUGCCUCUAAAGAGUCAGCUCUUUCUCUAGAGAUGACCAGCUAGAAAUAUGCUCUCCUUUUUUGACUGGUUUACUACUAUUUUAAGGCAAUACCUGCCAUGUGAUUUGCCUGUCUUGCUGCAGAAUAGUCCCAUUUUCAGAUUUAUAAGUACCAAAUGCUGCUGCACAAAAGUAAACUUCUAAUCUUUGUUGCAAUAACAAUUUUUGAUUUUCACUUUCCCUCUUAAGCUAAACCCUGACAUUUUUUUUUCUUCCAAUAAAUUCUAUUUGUAUGGGAACCAGAAGUGGAAUCAAACGAAGUAGCUAAGGCAAGAUGUAAACAGAUGUUAGUAGUGACCUUUUCAGUUUUUUUAACAAGGGGUGCAGCUAUCCCUGCAGGGACAAUAAUAUGCUGCUCCCUGCUGGCUGCUGUUGGAAAGAAAAACUUGCUGUAAAGUUUAAAGCCUGGAAGGCUUUUUUUGGGUUAAGUGGAAAUCCUAAGUAUAAAAAGAUGAAUCAGAUUUUAACUCUGAUCUGUUUUGAAUCUCCAGUCUUUACAGCUGGAAUAUGCAACCUGAUGCCCAACUUACUUGGGAAUAAAAAAAAAUACUGCAGACCACUGAAACGAGUACAGUAUUUAAAAGUAUUACUGUCUCAAGAUUUAAAACUGAAAUGCUUUAUUGCAUACUAUUACUUGUUUUCUUAUGAAAUAAGGGGUAGCAGAAUAUUUUUCUAACAGUUUGCCUUCCAACAGGGAAUUUGCAGAGUAUCAGGACUGUACUGCUGCAGUGCUUGUGGCUGGUGUGGUGUUUGUUAGCUGGCUGUUAUGGUGGUGUUGUUUGGAAGUAGGUUUGCUUCCUUGACAAGUGAUGUGGCCUUAAGCAGAAAUUGAGGAUACUGGUACUUAAAUGCAGAGCUGGCUUUCCCUUUCUCCUUUGCAUGAAGAGUCUGUGAUACAAAGAGCUUUUAAUUGCCUGGUGAAAGCAAGGGCUUGUACAGGAGGCUGUUGCUUAUGGCUGUAAUGUACUCUCAAUUUGCUAAUCCUACUUGGAUAUUUCUUGAGGACAGAGUAUUUUGUAAGAACUGGUUUGGGAGCUGUGGCCCUCAGCUGUCUGUUCCUCAUGCCUUUGUUACGAAUUUUGGAGUGAAGUUUUUGACUUUAUCUGGUUGCUGAGACCAUUUGUUGACCGUAGGGCUACUUAAGGACCUUGUUAAGAAGCUGGCUUACUGAAACUGGUCAGAGGAGCCUGGGAAGGACUGGGUGUACUGGCAGCUAGAAUGGCAUUUGCAUAGGUAGCAGCAGAUACUAAAAACAAAAAACCAAAACCCCGUUGGCUCAUCUAAAGUUUUAAAAUGUCAUAACCUGAAAAAGCACGAAUUUAGAAAAUGUAGUUUAUGGUAGCUACUAGAAAUCAAUUCCUUUAUAAUCGAGUUUAGAUAAGCUGUUUUCAAUAAAAGCCAAUUCCACACUUCUGCCAGAGUUGAAACAUGCUCUUGUAACAUUUAUUUCUCCUAAAGUUUUUACUAAUAACAAGAUAAUUGAAAAUAACAAAAUCUAAGGUAAUUUAUCUGGUCUAAGACAUGCUAGGAUGAAGAUUAAAUGUGCAUUAUUAUAGUAGAAUAAUGUUUCUUAGUAGUAGAUCUUGAACAUUGUUUGAAACCUAUGGAAAGAAAAUAAUGUUAUGUUUUUUUGUAAAAGCAUCAUUAAAAGGAAUUAAUUCAUUGCCUCAUUUUCGCUUACAUUAUAUGUAAGUGUCCUACUAAUACUGUACUUAAGAGGCUUUUUGCAUUCUUGGUUUCCUGUAGAAAAUAAAGGCAUUUUUCUUGCUUAGUUUAGAUUGUGGACAAGCACAUUGAGUCAGUAGGCCUCUAAGUUCAACUGGCACUGUUGAGUAGUUUUUCUGUUCUCAAGAAUAAGUAGUACAAACAGCUGUAUGUCUUUCCAUUAACUUGCUAAAUAAAAUAUUAACACAUUU